UCAUGGCGGCGCCCUGUAGGUUGAUAUCCAGGCUGGCAGUGGUCACGGGAGGGGGCAGCGGCAUUGGGCGAGCUGUCUGCCAGCGCUUCGCCACCGAGGGGGCCUCUGUGGUGGUCGCGGACAUCAGCGAGGGCUCGGCCAAUCAGACGCUGGAGAGCCUGCCACGUGACCACAGAGGGCAGGAGCACAUGGCCGUGGCUGUUGAUGUGUCGUCACGGGAGAGCGUGGAGAAGCUGGUCGCCAGCAUACAGCGUCACUAUUUCCAGCCCCCCUCUGUGUGCGUCAGUGCUGCUGGGAUCACACAGGACGAGUUCCUGCUCAAGAUGGAGGAGGCCGACUUUGACAGGGUCAUCCAGGUCAACCUCAAGGGGACCUUUCUGCUCACACAGGCUGUUUCCAAGGCGCUCGUGGCCAGCGGAUCCCCCAAGGGCUCCAUCAUCACCGUGGGCAGCAUUGUGGGCAAGGUGGGCAACUUGGGGCAGGUCAACUACUCUGCCUCCAAAGCUGGGGUGGAAGGGUUAACGAGAACCGCAGCCAAGGAGCUGAGCAGGUUUGGGAUUCGCUGUAACUGUGUGCUUCCUGGGUUCAUAACCACACCAAUGACAGAAAAAGUGCCAGAGAAAGUCAUCAGCAAGAUCACCUCCAUGGUGCCAAUGGGCAGGAUGGGAGAACCUGCAGAGGUGGCUGAUGUGUGUGCGUUCCUGGCUUCUGAUGACAGCCGCUACAUCACCGGUGUCAGUGUGGAAGUCACAGGAGGUCUUUUCAUUGGCUGAGAGGUGCCUCCAUUUCCUCUGCACAGACCAAUGGCAGACAAGCUCACGAGCCCCAGUGCCUUCUCCUGCCUGUCACCAGUGGUAGGACUAACU